AUUGACCAUGACCUUCAAGCUCACGCCAGUCACGAAACCACUUUUUCGAGCACAGCUAAGCUCGCGGCUCUCAAACGGCCAUGUCGCUUUUACUCCCCAGAUACGCAAGCUGGUCUUUGAGUACUGCGACAAGUGGGCCUCGUCUGCAAACACGCGGACAUACCUACACAAAUACUUAGAGGAACUCGCUUCCUCCAACCCACACGUGGAGGUCGUGGUCAGACAGCGGAAUCAGAAGCAGCCUAUCGUUCGAGGGUUCUAUGUCAAUAACAAGGACAAGGUUAUCCCUCUGAACGGUCUGGAAGUCACUGGCGUUCAGAACAAGGUCAAGCUUCUGCUAGACUCGUCGGGUGCAAAAAUAAUGCCAUUAAAGCGUAGGACUGUCGAGAGUACAACUGAGUCGGCGAGAGGAAUCUGGAGUGGUCUUCACGUCGACGAACCUUUCAAGAUCUGA